CAAUAUUAUAGAUAAUAGCCGAGGCAGUUCCAAAUGUUGGCCGAGAAGGUGACUAAGACAAGAAAACAAUAGGAUCAAAUGUUAUGAAUUUCUAAGAAUUAAAACGUGUGUUAUUUGGAGAAAGAUAGAUCCAGGGGUGCACAUUGUGUCAUUUUUGCGGAUGGUAGUCUUACUAGAUGGUACACAGAUAAAAGAGUGACAUGGCCUCUUACAGCCCUGAAAUUGUAGCAAAGAAAUACAGCAAUUGGGUGAAAGCCCAUUUAGCGGUUUAUUUUACCUGUGAAGGAAUUGAACCAUUUGUUUAUGAUGAAAUUGAGCAAUUUCAGCAGAAGUGUUUAGAUGAUAUUUGUGCAAGCAAAGGACUUCCAAGUGGAACAACAUGUUCAAGUUGUCGCACAGAAAAUGUCGUGACAUGUCCUACCAGCAGAAUAUGCAAUGCUAGAAAUGGCAAAUGCAAUUUUCACAGAAGUUUUGCCACACAAUAUCAUCACGCAGGCUGUCCAAAUAAUAUAUGCUCUAAAUUUAAAUGUGAAAUACUUAGCGCACACAGGUACUAUAGUCCAGCUUUCGAAAUCACUGAUGCCACUAGAUGGUGUCGAAAUCCAUGGGAGGUUGCCAAAUGUUUCAUGCCACCGGACAUCAACUAUAAAGAUGUAACAAUUCCAGCCGAGACAGACUUCAGUGGAGUUAUCAGUGUUAUCAUUAAUCACAAAGGAUUUCAGUCAAAAAUUCAUGAACAGCUUGGCAAUCAGUACAACAUUUUUGAAAAGGCAAGACUUAUUGGUAGUGAUAUGAGGGAAUUGUCGAGUCUUCAGUUAGAGGAUGAAGACCUUCAACAAUAUUUCACCGUCUUAAAGAGUAUUUUGUCUGUCCCUGGUGACCUGGCAACAGACGAAAAUGCAAGGGAAGCAAAAAUGAUAGUAAAAGAGCUUGAACAUGAUAUUUUGGAUAUUAAUAUAGAUAUUGUUCAACAUAUUUUGGAUGAGGUUGCACAAGCUAUAAAGGAGGAUUUGAAAACUGGCAUUGAUAAACAGAAGAAAGUGAUCGAAAAACAAAAUCUUGAUUUGAUAACAUUUUCGAAAAAGGCAGUCAAUAAGGUAAAGGGUACAGAAACGCUGUCAUCUUCUGAAUUACUGAAGAUAUUGACACCUGCUGUGACACAGGUCAAUACAGCAAUGAAAGGAGUUAGUAUGAAGGAAGCAAAAAAAGCAAAAAAAGAAGCAGCUAAAGAAGCCUCAAAAUAUCGAGAUUCUUUAAAAAAGCUUGGGCAAAAAUUUUUUAAAAAAGAAAGUAGCAAAGAAGAAAACAUAGAGCCAUACAACACAAGACCAAAAAUGAAAAUAGGAACCCCAAGACGGGAAUAUAAAGAUGCCUUUUGGGCAUCAUUAGGAACUAGUUUUAAUCAGGCAAAGAAAGAAUAUUACGCUUUGAGAAAACGUCUUAAACAGGACAUGAUAAAAUUUUACAGAGACCAGUAUACAAUGAUACCAUUGUCGCCCCUUUGUGAUGAACACGAGGCUCCCCUGUUGAAUUUCUACGUUGUUCCUGAAAUGAAUCGCUAUGACGUUCAGAUAAGAGUUGGUUCAGAGCUUAAAUCCUCAGUCAGAUCAUUAACGGAUGUGUUUUGGACCGAGGAUCUACAAAAAAAAAUUAAAGAAAAUAAAGAAAUAUAUGUAGUAGCUGAUCCGGGUUGGGGUAAAACGGCAUUUGUAAAGUAUCUGACAUUGGCAUGGUGCCAAGCCCACUGUCCCAAACCUGAGCUUAAAACGUAUUUCAAGAAAGAAGAUUUGAACAAUUUGCUUGCAUUUGAGUUUCUAUAUUUCAUUCAGUUACGCGAUGCAUUGAAUGUAUGUGCCAUUGAUGAUAUAAUUUUGCAUUGUGUUAUCCCAAAUAUGCCUAACUGUCAAACAAUAGGCAUACAGGCCUUGCAGGAACUUUUACACCAUGAAAAAUCUUUGAUCAUCAUGGACGGGAUGGACGAAUGGACCCAUUGUGAAGAUACUGCUGAUAAGAAGUGUUACAGGACCCCGAAAUUCAUCCCUCACAGAAAUUGCCGGGUGCACAGCACGUACAUAACCACGUUGAGGCGAUGGAAAUUUAGCAGUGUGCCGUUGAAAAAUAGUGAAGUUGAUAACAGAAUAGAGUUAAAGGAACUUACAAGAGAGCAAGGGAGAUUGUUGGAGAAAAAGGCCAUAUCACAGUUACAAGCUCGAGAUCUAUGCAAAGGAGAAAAUCUGUUGACAUCAUUUGAUGCAAUAAUCGCCAAAAAUCAACUGGAAGACCUAGUGUCUAAUCCCUUAAUACUGAUGUAUCUGAUGUGUUUGUUUUGCACGGAUCCCUCGUCAGACUUUUCAAAAAUGAAAAUAUCUUCAACUGUCAUUGAUCUGUAUAUAGCAAGAACUUUAAAGCAACCAGCUGGACUCCGGCAAACAUGGCAACCGCUGCUGAGUGACAUUCCAAAAUGUUACAGAGAGGGGAACUAUCAUGAAAAUUAUGAUGCAAUUUUGAUGGCCUUAGGAAAACUAUCUUUCUAUUCAGGAUUCAGUAAUAACCAAGAAAAACUGCUUCAAUGUAGGGAGAGGUUUGCUGAAGAGUAUUUAAGCGAAGAUAAUGUGAAGAUGUGUGUUCUAAGUGGAAUUUUAACAGACCGUAACAUCAAAACUUUAAUUAAAGAAUACACAAAUUUAUGGUUUCCUUAUAAGACCAUGCAAGAUUAUCUAUGUGCUGUGUAUAUAAGUCGUCAAAGUGUGUCAGAUAUGGAAGAAAAUUUUCUCAAAGGAUGCAAAAAUGUACAAAAUGUACUUGAUAUGUCUGCCGUGUUUGAGUUUGUAAGUGGUAUGAAUAAGAAAGCUGUUUCUGAAAUAUCACGCGUGUUGCUGCCAGUGAUUAAUGGAGAUGAAACGACACUGACCUACAGAACCAUGGCGCAUUGUUCGAAGAUGUACAUUGAGCCGUUGAAAAAUAUUCAAUACAUGUACAUGUCUUGUUUUAGGGAAGACCCAGAAAGUACGGAAGUUGACGUGAGCUUGCAUGAUAUUUUCAUAACUGAAAACAUUGAAGCAGAAAAUUAUAAUGAACAGUUAGUAUCACUGGUGAAACACAGUACAUGUGAUAUAAGAUCGGUAUAUAUUGAUGAUGAAGGCAGUCGUCGUAUACCUGAAAUUGUUGAUUUACUUGCUCGGUCUGAUCUAAGCAGCAUCGAGAAAGUAUACUUCAGGGGCGAUAGCGUUGAUGUGAAUCUUGCUGGCUUAUUGGUCAGUAAAUUGAAAUGUUUGACUUUGAUAUUUAAGAAAAAUAUAUUUGAAGAGAAUUCAUGCUCAAUCUCUCCUAGUCUCGGUGGGUCCAUUGUAAAUUUACAACACUUAGAAUAUGUGUGUAUCAGCAACUAUUCAAUGUGUCAUGAAGUAUUGGAGGCCAUUUUGGAUAUGAUAAGUAGCAAGAAGGACAUGAAGGAAGUUAGACUUCACAAUUUGUCGUGUACCGAUCAUGGUAUUUCAUGUCGCGGAAUCAACUUGGACUUGUCCGAGCAUUCAGAUCUAAGGCGAUUAGGAGUCGGGGACUUACCUAUAUCUCAUUUGACAAUAGAUGCAUCAUCGCUAGAGGAAUGUCGAAUCGGAGAACUACCCAAACAGGGUCUUGCCUCUGCAUGUUUCCGGCAGCUCCAUACAGCCGGAAAACUUCAUACCUUAAUUUGUAGUGACCUCACGUCAUUCACUGAAAUUGAAACAUUUAGGCAAGUAUUACCAUCGUUAGUUAAUGUGAAACACAUUGCUCUGAAUGGCAUAGAUCUAAGUCAAGGGUCAUUGACGCUGACACCCGACAUGGCAAAUAUCGAGCUUAUACAGCUGAGGGCAGUGACAAUGUCCAGCGUGGCGUUAACUCGUCUAGUAAAAUUUGUACAGAAUCUCCCGCAUGUUGUGACGGUACAUGUGCGAAAUUGUAAUAUUACACCAGAAAUAGAAUUAAAAUCUAUCAAAAAUUACAUAUCAUCAUCAGACAAGUUUGUUGUGCCAUUUGAUGGUAAAUUGUGGAAUGGGGAACGCUCAUUUGUGUUCAAAACGGUGAUACCUGUGGUUGAACCACCCCGAGAAAUAUGUAUUAAACCUAUUAGACAACUAUUCCGAUAACAGUCAUACAAAUAUUGUAUAGUUUAUCUCUAACAAACCUUCCAAUCAUAAUUGAUGUAUGAAUUGGACACCAAAAGUUAAAUUAUACAAGAUUUUAGGAUCAAGGUGAAGCCAGUUUGUAAAACAAAGAUGAAAUAUAUUCAGUAGUUAGGAGUAUUUUAGAGUGUUCAUAGAAUCAGUUUCCAUAAAGAAUUUAAAGAAAAAAAUUUGUGCUGAGUGGACUAUACAUGAAAGAAAGACAGAUAAUAUGAAAAAAAUCAGACAGUUAUGAAAAAAAAAAUGACGGUUUUGAAAACUAAAAUAACAUUACACCUUAUAAAUUGGUAUAAAGGAGAUGCCCUGUAUUGAAUUUAGAACUGUCCCUUGUUGCAGGAUUUAAAUGUAAAAAAAGCAAAAACUAAUCAGCUAAUACUGUUAAGUUUGGUAUAACAGGACAGAUAAGCAUAUAAACUUGUGGCCUAGAUCUACAGCACAAGGAAAGAGGUUAAAGUGGCAGGCAUUCAGGCUUCAAAAUAAAGGUUGUAAAAAGAGGAACUGAUCACUGAAACAAUUUACAUAUGGUUUGUCAAACCUGCUUGCCUAACUCAAUAGGGAGAGCAUCACAUUUUGUACUCUAGGGGUCACUGGUUUGGUCCUCUGGAGAGGGGUAAUUUCUCCGUGACAAUUGAUCUUAGACGUUGAGUCUUAUGGUCAUUUAUCUCUCUUCGCUGAUUCACCACUGAUUUAGAAAUCAUGUGGGAUAAGUACAUGUAGCAAAGUAGUCAGUCACUUGCAGAGGAGUUGGCCAUUACUGGUUUAUUAUCCAGGAAAGUCAGAUGGAUCAACUGUGUGAUUUGACCAAAAAAGUUUUAAAAUUAGCAUAUAAACCAGAAAACAAACAAACAGUAUUCAUGCAGUACUACUUUUUUAUUUACUUUUCUAAUUAUGUAAACUUUAAACAUAGUGGUAGCACAAUAGCUUUCAAAUAUUGUAAUUUGGCUAUGUUGGAACAUAGUUAAGUUUAAGGAAUUAUUACUUUUGAGCAAGACACGCAAGAUAAAAUGUAGAAAAAAUUGGUUCAUUGUUGUAUAUACAAAUGGAAGUAUUUCAGGGAGAAUUGUGAAAACUAGAAAGUUUCAUUAGGACUACCUGGUUUGAUUUCUAGCUUACAGAACAUCGGCGUUUUACUCGGGUGUCAGUUCAUGCCUGAAGUCAUGCACAGAGGGGCACCUGAGGUUAUCCUCCACCAUUAAAACUGAAAAGUCGCCAUAUGACCUACCCUAAGUGCUUUAUGAUUGAAGAAAAUGUUUGUUUAUAAAUUAAACUGUGUUAUGAAUGAAGGAAAAAUUUUAUAUAGAUUACACUGUUUUAUGAGUGAAGGAAAUGUUUGUUUAUAGAUUACUAUGUUUUAUGAUUGAAGGAAAUGUGUGGACAUAGAUUACACUGUUUUAUGAGUGAAAGAAAUGUUUGUUUAUAUAUUACACUGUUUAUUGAUUGAAGGAAAUGUGUGUACAUAGAUUUCACUGUUUUAUGAAUGAAGGCAAUGCUUGUUUAUAGAUUACAAUGUAUUGUGAUUGAAGGAAAUGUUUUUAAAUGGGUAACACUAUUUUAUAAUUGAAGGACAUAUUUUUACAGAUUACACUGUUUUAUGAUUGAAGGAAAUGUUUGUUUAUAGAUUACACUGCUUUACAUUUGGAAGAAAUGUUUGUUUAUAGAUUUCACUGUUUUAUGAGUGAAGGAAAUGUUUGUUUAUAGAUUACACUGUUUUAUGAUUGAAGGCAAUGUUUGUUUAUAGAUUACACUGUUUUAUGAUUGAAGGAAAUGUUUGUUUAUAGAUUUCACUGCUUUACAUUUGGAAGAAAUGUUUGUUUAUAGAUUACACUGCUUUACAUUUGGAAGAAAUGUUUGUUUAUAGAUUACACUGCUUUACAUUUGGAAGAAAUGUUUGUUUAUAGAUUUCACUGCUUUAUAAUUGGAAGAAAUGUUUGUUUAUAGAUUACACUGCAUUAUAAAUGAAAGAAAUGUUUGUUUAUAGAUUACACUGUUUUAUGAUUGAAGGAAAUGAGUGUUUAUAGAUUACACUGUUUAAUGAAUGAAGGCAAUGUUUGUUUAUAGAUUACACUGCUUUACAUUUGGAAGAAAUGUUUGUUUAUAGAUUACACUGCUUUACAUUUGGAAGAAAUGUUUGUUUAUAGAUUUCACUAUUUUAUGAUUGAAGGAAAUGUUUGUUUAUAGAUUACACUGCUUUACAUUUGAAAGAAAUGUUUGUUUAUAGAUUACACUGCUUUACAUUUGGAAGAAAUGUUUGUUUAUAGAUUUCACUGCUUUAUAAUUGGAAGAAAUGUUUGUUUAUAGAUUACACUGCAUUAUAAAUAAAAGAAAUGUUUGUUUAUAGAUUACACUGUUUUAUGAUUGAAGGAAAUGUUUGUUUAUAGAUUACACUGUUUAAUGAAUGAAGGCAAUGUUUGUUUAUAGAUUACACUGCAUUAUAAAUGAAAGAAAUGUUUGUUUAUAGAUUACACUGUUUUAUGAUUGAAGGAAAUGAUUGUUUAUAGAUUACACUGUUUUAUGAUUGAAGGCAAUGCUUGUUUAUAGAUUACACUGUUUUAUGAUUGAAGGAAAUGUUUGUUUAUAGAUUACACUGCAUUAUAAAUGAAAGAAAUGUUAGUAUGAAGAAGAUUGAAGUAUUUAAUUACUCUUUUUAACUUAAAAGUUACAAAUUUUUACCAGUAACACAUCAAAAUAUGUGGAAAUUUUUUAGAUUGAAAUGAAUUUGUAAAUUUGUAUGAAUUAUUCUUUCUUUUAAUAUAUGCAUGUAUUGUUAGCAAAUUCUGGUUAUUUGCAAUAUUAGGUAGAUAUUUUUCACCCAUUUUUGUUUUUCUUUACUUAAUCAUCAUGGUCAGAUUCUUAAAUUUUAUUGUCAGUGCCAUAUCUUAGAAGGUCAUUUUUCUGUUUCAAUUUUGAUGAACAGUAAUAGCCCACUUGUUGAUAGUUGUUAUUCAAACCCAUGAUAUUUGAUUAGGAAAUAGAUAUCAAUUUUUAGUGAAUUGUUGUAGAAUAAUGCAAUUCAAAUACAUUAGGUUCCAGUUCAAAUAUGUAGGAAUAUAAUCACGACAGCAGAUAGGACUGAGUGAUUAAUUACAAAUCAUUUGAACGAUAACCGGCAUGAUUAUACAUGUACUGUAAUGCAAGAAAAAUAAAUAUCUAUUUCCAUUCUAACAUGCUUAUCAAAAUGAGAAUUGAUAAAAAUUUGUUGAACUGUAUUGAGCAUAGAAGUAAUUUUCCUGAUGUCAUUUGGUUUAUUGACGUUAUAUAUGACAUCACAUGACGUGUAAGCAUCGUUUUUUAUGCUGUGCAUAUAUUGUGUAAUAAUGCACUUAAUUGCCUAUCUGUUUGAUAGAGGAAUAGUGUGAAGCCUGUUAGAAUUAUUAAUAGAUUUUUAAGAACUGCAUUUUGUAUACAGGUAGAAGUGCUUUAUAUUUCAUUGUAUAUAUAUUUGAAGACUUAUAUUUAUAGUUACAUUUUUUAUGCCUUUUUAAUUCUUACUAGUUGAUCAUGUAAUAUAUUUUCAUAUGUGUCAAUAUUCAGUUAAUCCCUGAAUCAAAAUACGUAAAUUAAUUUGUAUAAACGGUAUAGUCAACAUCAUAAGUUUAACUAUUCAAAGAAUAGGGACAGCUAUUGUACUAACCCAGGUAUUGGUGUCACACUUUAGGAAAGUUUUGGCAUGCAAGUUGGUAUCUCUAAAGCUACUGAAGGGAAUGGAUUAACCCUUUCACUGCCAUAAGGACGGCAUAUGCCAUCCCUAUAAUUUUCGGCGUAUUUGCCAUAUGGACGGCUUUUGCCGUUUCUAUAAUAAUAAUAAUUAUGAUAAUAAUAAUAAAUAUAUAUAGAUAAUUAUACCAUCGACAAUAAUUAUUAUAUACUAGCAGAUUUGGAAACAGAUAUAAUUAUUAUAAUACUAAUAACAAAUAAUGAUAAUUAUAUUAAUUAAUAAUAUAGUAAUUUCUUAGAAAACCUUCUGGCAAAUAGGUGAUCAAUAAAUAAAUAACCCUCUGGCAGCAAAAGGGUUAAAACUUUACACACUUUAUUUGAUAGCAUAAUAGGAGGUCACUAUCUAAGGCCUAUUACUCUAGCAUAGAUCAGAUAGAGUAAUGGCCCUUUUGAAGUAAAACAAAUUCUACAUUAGCCAGGUUACUGUUUUCAACUAUCAAGCACAGAAUAGUUGAGCGCGCUGUCCUAGCAACAGCCCUUGUUUUUCAUGUGUAUUGUGCUCUAAUAUUUUAUAUGUUAAAUGUGCUCCAACAUUGUAGCUGAAGCCAAAUAUCACCUUUUACUAUAUUGUUUCAUAUUAGUAACUCUAUUCCUUUUAUCUUUUACUAUGAUCAAAUACAGCUGAAACUAACGUUUAAUUUAAUUUAUACAUGUUUAUGAAAGUGCUGAAAUAAAUGAAUAUUCCAUUUCUUAAAAUUUUGGGUUGAUAUUAUAAGUAAAAAGGUUGUUUAUUUAAUGGCUACAGACCAAUGAUCUAUUCUUCAUUGAUUUAUUUGUAAUGCAUAUAUGAGCCGCGUCACGACAAAACCAACAUAGUGUUUUUGCGACCAGCAUGGAUCCAGACCAGCCUAUGCAGCAGUCCGCGCAGUCUGAUCAGGAUCCAUGCUGUUCGCUGUCAGUUUCUCCACUUGUAAUAGAGUUGGUAAGCGAACAGCAUGGAUACUGAUCAGACUGCACGGAAGCGCAGGCUGGUCUGGAUUCAUGCUGGUUGCAAACCCACUAUGUUGGUUUUGUUGUGACUUGGCUCAGUUAUAAUGAUUGACAUUUAUACAUGGUCAUGCAUGUGUAUAUUGUUUAAUAUGUUUAUUUGUGUCAUUAUGACAAUUAAUGAAAUGAUCAGCAUACCUCCAGAUUCAUGUUAAUUUUCAUGAAAAGGUUAAAAUGUUUUUAAAAGUAAAAUAUUGUGAGAACAAAGAAAAUAAUUUACACAUUGCAAAUAGCACUUGUUGUCCAUGUAAAUUUACCAAAAAAUGUCAAAAUAAGCAAAAAUAGUCUUUACUGCAUUAAUAACACAGUAGAGAUAUGAUGAUAGAUACUGCAAAAUCGGUCCUCAAUGGCACAUUACAUGUAGAUAAUUUAGCAUUUGAAUCUAAUUCUUAAAUCUUUUUUACUUUUCUUUAAAUCUCAGUAAACAUUCCUCAAGUUUAAUUAUCUUUAAAUAUUCAGGCUCAUCUGGAGGCAUGCAGCUUUAACACAUUUUAACCAUGUAUUCAUUCUUAUCCUCAAUAAAAUUGAAUACAACUCCUU